AGGACUCAACUAUGCUCUUGACUGCUUCCCUUGAAGCUUUAGCCAAGUUUCGCAGCAAGGACGUGUCGAUCUGCCUGCAGCAUCAGUUUUGCGUUUCGCUCGUUCCGCUACUGCAAGCUGGUCUGAGGUCUACCUCGUCGGAGCUGCGUCGAAGAUCCCUGCAGCUGGCGAUGAAGGUCUUGGAAAUGGAGGAUGAGCUCCUGUGGCCGCACCUGCCAGACUUGCUCUCCACCGUGGCGGAUGGUGAGGCGCCUGCAGAACUGUUGGCUGCACUCGGGCGGAUGGGAAGCAAGCUGAGACCGGCUUUCCAGGAUCCAGGUGGUGGGCGCUUUCUGAAACUUCUGGAGGACCCCCGUCGUGGUCGAUUUCUGCUGCCCUUCUUGCCGCAUUUGGCUUGCGGCUCUCUCCCUGAGGUGGCCCAACGCCUCCAUCGAGUUGUGCGAGGCGAACUGCCAGCAGCACGCGCCGCCUUGGCCGAUCGGCGACCCUCAUUGGAGGCCGUCUUGUCGGCGAUCAAGCUCAGUGGCGCUUGUGACGCCAUUCUGCAGGUGGAAGGAGAAAAGCUCACAAUGCAAGUGCUGGAUGAAGCAAAGAGAGGCAAAGCUCGAUCAUGGCAGCAGCUUUUGCUUUGCUUGGACACGUUCAUGGAGGUCCGCUUUUUGCAGAAGCUCCUGGAGUCAUCAGCAACAGGUGCCUGUCGCGUAGCAAUUUGGGCGGCUGUUGGGCGAUACCUCCGGAGCAUACAAUCACCUGCAAGUGCUCAAGAGGAGUCCGUCCGCUAUCAUCAUGUGCAGAUCUUCUUGGCGCAGCUGAAGAAAGAUGCAAGCAGCUGUUGCGACCCAGCACUCCGUGUUUGCUUGCUCUACUCCUUGGUUUUACUUUUUGCCCCAUGCUUGUCGAAUGGCAACGUUGGCGACAUGGAGAAGUUACCAAUUUUAGAGGCUGUGAGCACAUCACCCUUUUCCAACUCAAGGGCCUUUCUGGCAUUGCCGAGCGCGUUGUCCACUCGACAAAGAGCUGGACCAUUCCAUGCGAAGGAGUGCCAGAUAGGACACAGCGAGGACGAUGUGGAGCUCCUGCUGCCCUGCACCCUUUGCAAGACAUCUUUCCAAGGCGAAUGCCAAUGCGAUGUGAAAUUGACGAUCGAGUGGUCGAUCCUCGACUCACAGAGUCUCGAGACCUGGUCAAUGCUGCGGAGUCGUGGUCGGCUAAAGCGGCCGGAGGAUUUCUGGGCUUUGCUCACGCAGCUACGCACCACAGCUGGACCUGGACCUGGCGGAAGUAACCCCUUUUGCUUGCUAGAACCAACUGAGUCGCAGGAGGCCAAAGACUCACAGGAGGAGCGAUGGUUGGUGGCUUGGUCCAUCCUGGGCCUUUGCUGCUGUAGCCCUCGCGAUUUUUUGGCAGCCAAAGCGAAGGAGAUCCUCGGUUUCUUCCCUUUGGAGUUGAAAGGGAGGAGCCCAUGGGAUGCCUCACGUGUGAACUGCCACGCAGCACUGCUGCAGUGCAGGGACUUUGUGGCACUGCUGGUCAACGAGGCUGAGUUGGCCCGGCAGAAGAAAUUUGCCAAUCAGGUGGCUGCACCUCCAGCGGUCCUGGCGCAGAAUCUUCACGCUAUGUUCGACGCUCUUCUGGACAAUGCGUGCAGCUCCGAUUCGCAGAAGGGUCCCAAUGCUGCCCUACAACGUCUCUUGGGUGUGUGCAUGCUUCGAUCUGCAGGCAUUGAAGAUCUUGGAGACCACUUGUCGGUGCAUCUUUUGGAGCGCUACAAGGAGGUGAGAUCUGCCAACCUUUGCCAGCUCCUUCUUCGAGGCUCGAUGAAGUCAAGACUCCGGCGGCUUCUUUCAAAGCUGGUGCCGAGAAUGGUCAAAGAUCAAAGGAUGGACCGGAUCAAGGAGCUCAUGCAUUUCCUCGACCAGGACUUGAUGCCAUCCUUCACGCCCUUGCUGCCCUACGUCCUGAGUGAAGUCGCAGAAGAGAACGUCACCCGCAUCGCCGCAUCUUUCCGCUUUGUCGAACAAGUCUACGAGCAGAAGUUGGCCAUCAACGACAUUUGCGACGCCCACUGGGGGACUGUGCUCGUGCGCAUUCUUUGGAACAGCGACAGGUGGCCUGAGGUUGAGAGAUGCAAACAAGCGACUGCGUGCAUCACACGCCUGACACAGGCUUUGCCUGAGAAAAGUCAGGACUCGAAGCAACGUGAGGCUGAAAAAGGCCCUGUGACCAAGAAGCGCCGUGGGGAGAAGAGCGUCAUUGACGUGGAUCGAGUGGCCACUCCCACCGGGCUCACAGAGAGUGGCUUUCUUCAUGCCUUGGAUAUUUUACAGAUUGUGAUCUCUGACUCGCGCGAGAAUCCCAAGUGGCAGGAGUAUCGUCAACUCCUAGAAGAUCCCGAAACUGUUCGCGGCCCAACUUCGUGUCCCAGCGGGUCAGAAAUGGAGGUACCUCUGGACAUGCCACGCUUCCUUCGAAGUGCAUCUGUGCUGCUGGAACUCCUUGGCGAACAGCUGCAUCGUUUUGCUGUGAAGAUGUUUGAAUUCUUGCAAUGCGCCUGUGCUCGUUUGCAGAAUGCAGAUACUCUCCGCUGUUGGAAGCACUUUCUCCGUAUUGGGGUGAUGCGGCUGAAGCCGCUUUUGCCUGCCUUGGUGAGCGAAAUGCUGAAGCUCGCAGUAAAUUUGCAGGAGACGGAUGCGACUGCCUUCCAGGAGCUUCAGCGGACCUUGGUCUCGAUCGUACAAGAAACGCUUCCUCACCCAGAGGUUUUGUUGGCCUUUCCUCCUCUGCCAGAUCAUUUGCGUGGUAGCCGAAAUCAGAUCGAGAAGGCUUUGGGGAAGAUGAGCCUACAACAACGCUUGGAGUCCACCACCAAGCAGCUGGAGGUCUCUCAUCAAGCCGUCCGACAUGCUAUCCUGGAAGGUUUGAUGCACUUCUUGACGCAGCAGCGAAAGGCAUUCAGUGCUUUGGCUGACCUACCAGGGGAUGUCCUUGGAAGGCUGAUGAAGAUCCUGCUCAAGUUUCUGUCAGAGAGUAUUUCACAAGGCAACCGAAGUAGCCAAUUACUUUGUGGACAAGUCUUGGGCGCUUUUGGUGCCAUUGACCCUGCACGCUUGGCCGGUCAGGUCUUAGUCGAGCGGCACAAUCCAGUCAACGACCACCGCGCUCAGAAAGGCGAAGUUGAGUUGGCGAAGUCCGUUUUAGAAGAUUUCUUGGCGCCUCACUUGACCAACAACUCCUUUGCAUUUGCUGCACAGGAGAUCUUCAGCCAUUUGAAGAGCGCUGGCAAAGAGCAGCAGGUUUGGGAAAAGCUUCAUAAGGAUGCAAGAGAGGCGCUGAAUCCAUAUCGCACCAGCAAAUAUCAGAACCUUAGUGGAGACUUGCUUUGCAGCCCAACCAGCUUUGAAGGUGCUCUAGAGGAAGCCACCACACUGCUACCCGUGGAGCGGAAGGCUUUCUUCCAGGCAUGUUUGCCAGCUGCCCCUGGGAACCAUACCUUGGCGCUCUUCCUGAUGCAUCACGCUUUGCAGGAGCUGAUCAUGGCACCAGAGUUAUCGUGCUCGGACUUGGCCAGCUUGGCCAAGAAGCUGGUUGAUUUGCUGACCUUCACAGGGAAAGAUGCGCCUGAAAGCCAAGAAACUGCGACAGCACAGGCAGUGUUUUCGUUGCUCGACAGUCUUUUCCAGAAGAAGGAGGAGAUCAAUACAACACCCAGCAGUCGUGCUGGUGACGAGACCUGGAAAAAGCGGCAACUACAACGCAUUGAGGCGCUUUGUGGACCUUUUUCCUUUCGCUUGGUCCUCAACGCAGCACUACGCUGCGGUGCCCAUGCUCGAGCACUUCAGUUUCUCGAGAUGGAGUUGGAGGCCACCUGUGGGGAACGGAGCUUUGCUGAAGGAAGCCGCUUGGGUGAGGCGGACUGUGAGCUACUACAGCAGAUCUACCAUGAACUAGGUGAGCCAGAUGGUGUUGUGGGUGCAAUACGUAUUGGGCCAAACGACAGGACAAGAACAUCCGAGCUCGAACUGCAGGGCCGCUGGUCUGAUAUGCAGGCGUCCUACGAGCAAAUGGCUGGGCAUGACCGUUCGAAAGCCCUGUGCGGUCUCGUGAAAUGUUCACAGGCCAUGUGUCGCUUCGAAAGCUCCUUGCAGCUGAUCAGUGGCAUUCGACAGGAACUCCCCGAGCUCACGGAGCAUUUGCAGCCAAGGUCGGUCGAGGCGGCGUGGCAGCUUAGCAGUUGGCAGCGAUUGGAGGAGGCGUUGGAGGCUCCAGGAGACCAGAUUGCAGCCAAGGACUUCCAGGUUCAGCUGGGCGAUGUGCUGUUGCACCUCCAUGGCCGUGAUGAAGUGAAGCUGCAGCAACGAAUACAAGAGACCACUGUAGAGGUCGCCUGUGCUGCAUCUUUAGCAGCACGAGAGUCUUACACCAGAGCUUACCAGCAUAUCCUUCGCCUCCAUGUGCUUUCAGAUCUGCAAUGGUUGAGUCAGAAACGGCAGGAGCCUGGCAUUGCACAGAACCUUCUGAACCGCUGUGAUAUCACGACCCCUUCAUUCAGUGCACGGCAAUCUCUCUUGGCACCACUACGUGUGGCCUUGCAGGACCUGAACCUUCGCAAUGAAGCGAAGAGCAUUGAGUUGGCCUUUUCACGUCUUUGCCGGAAGCACAAUGAGACGAUGCUCAUGGAACAUCCAGACAGCAGCUUUCAAGGCACUUCCAGUGACUUGAUGGUGUCUGCACAGCUUGAGUGGGGCAAGAUCCUCUAUGCUCGUGGCGCGCGGCAUGAGGCUUUGCGACACAUGUUGGUGCUGUCGAAGACAUCUCCUCGUGCCCAGCUCCUUGGCACUCGCUGGGCCACAGACGCGUCGUUGCUGCUGCCGCGGGUGGCGGAGGCCGAGUUCCUGCAGGCCAAAGAGAAGCUGAACGAUGAGGCAUCAUUCUUUUAUCACGCUGCCUACUUGGACUACCUGCUCAAGGGCCAAAUCAGUGAUGCAACCAACAGUCUUCUUCAAGCCACUCCAGCGAGCAAGAAACCUCGGACGCCCGAGCACUCGCCCUUUGACCGAAAGAACUUGGUGGUCUUCACCUUCCGCGGGUAUUUGCAAGCUUUGCAACGGGGUACCAAGAGACUGCGCUUCAUAUUGAACCGGCUCUUGCAACUGGCGUGGGAAUGCUGCCAGGUCGAUUUUCAUAAGCAAGAGAUGAUUGCCGAGUUCCAGAAGGAGGCAGCCAAUGUGCCUGCUUGGAUGUGGUACUCUGUGCUGUCACAGCUCAUUAGCCGUGCCCUUCAUCCUGAUUUGAAGAAGCUAUUUUGUGACAUCAUCAAGAGCGUGACCAUGGAGUAUCCUCAGCAAGCAGCAUGGCACCUUGUACAGCUCUUGAAAUCGCAAAAUACGGAUGACCGGAGCCACACUCAACUGGGCAAAGAUAUCGUGCAAGAAGUUGGAAGGAAAGACCAAGAUCUUCACAGAUUGCUUUGCACUCGGAUCAAAAUCGCUGAGGACUUUGGCAAGCUUGCCAGUACCAGCGGCGAUUCCAUCCAGUUUGCAAAGGAUUUCCCUCGACUGGUUGGCGGCGGUAGCAGGGCCGAACGUUGGCAAGUGCUGGUGCCUAUCCAAAGCCAGAUGACUGCCACGAUCCCCAGGAUGGAUCGAGCUGCCAUCCAGAAGACGGCCGAUGGUCGAGGAUUUUUUCCAGAGGUGAUUCUGUCGGAAAGGUGUCUUGAACACGUGGAGGUGUUUCGAUCGAAGGAGAAGCCGAAGAGAGUAACUUUUGUGGGUACGGAUGGUCGGCACUAUCCCUUCCUUUGCAAAGCUGAGAAGAGAGGAGACUUGCGGAAGGACUCUCGCUUGAUGGAGUUUGCAGUCAUGGUGAACCAGCUUUUGGCCAAAAGCUCUGACGCCAAUCGACGAAAUUUGUCCGUGCGGACCUUUCAUGUGGUCAUUCUGUCAGAGAAAUGCGGCCUUCUUGAAUGGGUGCCCAACACGAAAGGAUUGCGAUAUAUCAUUGAUGAGCUGUGGAAAGGUCGCAAACAAGCACGCCAGAGUCUGACUGAAGUCAAGGAGAUGUUCGACCGAAGCAAGGAUUUGCAUGAGACCUUUACUCGUCAAGUUCUUCCUCGACAUCCACCAAUGUUGCACAAGUGGUUCCUGAAGUGUGGGGAUCCCUCCGUGUGGUUUGCCAAGCGCGUGCUAUUCAGCCAAUCUCAGGCGCUUUGGUGCAUGCUUGGAUAUCUUGUUGGCCUCGGAGAUCGUCAUCUUGAGAACAUCCUCAUCGAUACCGAGUCGGGCAGGCUUGUACACGUCGACUUUGACUGCCUCUUCAACAAAGGUAUGCUUCUGGAACGACCAGAAAUGGUUCCCUUUCGGCUGACGCAGAACUGUGUAGCUGCCAUGGGCAUCACCGGGGUGGAGGGUAUCUUCCGCCAGUGCUGCGAAGUGACUAUGGAGGUCCCAAGACUAGAAAGAAUCGCUGCAGUCUGGUAAACGGAUGCGUUUUUUCUGGUCUCUUUUGUUUUCAUGUUCUCUAGAACUGUAUUUUCCUGUUUUGCGUUUUGUCUUCUCUUCAAGACCUAAGACCACUCGCGUAAACCGACACAUUCUUCUCGAUGUGUUCGUUUCGAUAGUUGUCCGCACUGGAAGGUGCUUCGGGAUCGUGGCAACACCCAGACGCUGUUGUCUGUGCUGCACGUCCGCGUGCUCAAAGACUCGGGUUGAGCACAUUGAGGAUGUCUAGUAGCGUCCGAUCGCUCCGUUCGUAGCGAUGCCAGGAGCCCCGAACGUAGCGUCCUUCCUAUUGAAGAUGUCUAGUUGAGCAGAAAUACCGCCUGCAACUUUGAACUGAAGUUCAAUGAGGCCGAUCUAAAGUUCCAAAAUGUCAUACAGACGGUUCGUUAUUGUCUAAUUACCAUCCCGGAUGUUCGUUCACACCAUUCCUGUCUAAAAUGAAAAGAUGUGUACUGGACUGCACUGUCAGAUUUUGAUCUAAGCGAAGUAAAUCCAGCUCAGUCCGACAUGAACGU